CUUCUUUUGCCGUUACCUUUCUUUUUGCCCUUUUUUGCCCUUUGGUCUCGGACUCUCUGCACAUCAUCCAUCCCCCCCCCGGUUUGUCUCUCUGUUUGUUUCCCGCUUUUCCCACCUUUUUCUCUUUUUUGCCCAUGCCCACAAUGAGCGCAUGAUCCCUGCCCUCGGCCGAAGAUGAUGCCCGUGUCUCCUUGUCUCUCGUUUGUUCCCACGUUUUCCCUGCGCCGGGCAAAUCAAACAGGGUCACGCAGAUGAAGACACCAGCGAGAGACAAGCAAGACAAGCCUCAGCCCAGCCCGGCAUAGCAUAGCAUAGCCCAUCCUAGCCGUGGAGACGACACGCCAAAAGAACCUGGCGACCAGCAGGCCUCGCUCGGAGACACUACCGCGUUGCGUAAGACGAGUAGACGAAGGGCCCAACCCAGGGAAAGGGGGGAAGGGGGGUGGGUGAAAACUCAGAGAUGGCCGAUAUCAACCCCGAGAUGGCGAGGCAUGAGGACGAAUGGACGAAUAGACGGAUGGAUGGAUGGACGGAUUCCAUGUUGCCUCUCUAGACGGAUAUUCGCGCAGAAUUCAACCUCGACAUGGCUCUCGCGUGGCAGGGAUUCUCUCUGUCACCUCGCCCUCUUUUCGCCGCACCCGUCGAUUCUUUUUCCUAAACAUCCACCCAACACACACCUCCAUCGUCUACUCCUUCACCCAUCCUUCACCCUCUGUCUCCCUUCCUCCCUCCCUCCCCAGCAUCUUCUUUACCCUCUUGAGAAGUUGUCCCGCUGCACAACUUCUCUCCCAACUCCUCUCUCUCUUCCCACGCCCCUGUUCCCUCUCCCUAACCCUCCCCCCCCCCCCCCCUUCCGGUCACCUUUGCCGGCUCGGCGACUACUCUUGGCCGCUUCCUCUUCUCUCAAGGUGCUCACUCUCACUCUCACCACGCUCUCGAGACGUUUCAACCUUGACGCUCUCACCCUGGCCGCCUCUAUCCCGAUCUUCUUUCUCUCCCAUAAAACACCCGGCCGAGCACCGCCCGAGACGCCAAAUUCGAGACUCUGCAGCUCACCAUCCUGUCUGUGUCUCGGACAAACCCCUCGCCUCGCCUUGCCUCGCCUCGCGCAGACCCAGCCCUGUCAGCUCAUUUCACCACAGACAAGGCUCUAGUCCGCUUUUCGUCGACUGUGCACUCCCUGGCGACGCUAUUCAGACGUUGAAGACGUUAGACGCCAGAGGCCAGACAUCCCCAUGGCCAGGUUCACGGCCGCUGCCGCCUUCGCGGCUCUUCUGACCACCGCUUCCGCCUCCCUCGUCGCACGACAGACGGCUGCUGCCACCACCUCUGCCGCUGCCGCCGGCCCCGAUCCCACCGCCAUCUCGCAGUGUUCCGUUUCCUCGUCUACCCAGAUCUGCAAGGCCGGAACCACCGAGUUCAGAGUCGUCUCUACCCCCACCGGCACGUUGCCCAGCUCCUACACAGGAUGCCACAAGCAUGCCACCGACACAUACUGCUUCUUCGGCGAUGGAGAGGUGCAAAUCCUGCCCGCCGGCGCAGCCGCAGCCACCGCCACCGCCGCCGCCUCGACGACCGCUGCCGCCGCCGUGACCGGCGCCCCCACUGCCGUCUCUGACUGCCAUCUCCACGGAGUCACCGUCUUCUGCAUGUGGGGUACCUCGGAGUACCAGGUCAUGACCACGCCCACCAACACCGCCGCCUCGGCCAUCCCUACCGCCUUCACUGAUUGCCACGCCCACGGGGCCGACACGUACUGCAUCGCCCCCAACGGCGACGACGUCGAGAUUGUCGCCGAGGGCGCCGAGUCUUCUGACGCCGGCUCCGGCACCGGCUCCGAGGAGCCUCAGGGCGAGAACUGCCACUUCCACGCCGGUGUCGAACACUGCGUCGGUGCGGGCGAGAGCGAGAGCGGCGGCACGCGGAACUGCGAGAAGGUCGACCGCGACUACAACAUCCCCCUCCGCAUCGGCCUCAUCUUUGUCAUCCUCGUCACCAGCGCCUUUGGCGUCUACUUCCCCAUCUUCAUGAUCAAGUGGAUGCCCACCAAGACGCACACCAUCUUCCUCAUCCUCAAGCAGUUCGGCACCGGCAUCAUCAUCUCCACCGCCUUUGUCCACCUCUACACCCACGCCCAGCUCAUGUUUGGCAACGAGUGCUUGGGCGCCCUCGAGUACGAGGGUACGACGUCGGCCAUCGUCAUGGCCGGCAUCUUCCUGUCCUUCCUGGUCGAGUAUAUUGGAAAGCGCAUGGUUAUGAAGAAGAUGGCCAGCAACCCGACCGCCACGACCCGCUUCUCCCCUGAGACCGUUUCCGUCCUGGUCCUUGAAUGCGGAAUCAUCUUCCACUCGAUCCUCAUCGGAAUCACCCUUGUCGUCGCUGGCGACACCUUUUUCAUCACCCUUUUCGUCGUCAUUCUCUUCCACCAGAUGUUCGAGGGUAUCGCCCUCGGAACCCGCAUCGCCCAGCUUGGUCAGCUGACCCCGACGGAAAAGGCCGUGAGCCCGACCACGGCUGUCGAGGUCGAGCAGACGUCGUCCGCUCCCAACAGCUUCAACUCGCUCAAAGCGCCCGACUUUUCCCUUGUCAAGAAGCUUCUCAUCGCCACCCCCUUCGCCCUCGUCACCCCUAUCGGCAUGGCCAUCGGCAUUGGCGUCUUGCAGCAUUUCAACGGCAAUGACCGUGAGACAAUCAUCGCCAUCGGCACCCUCGACGCCCUGUCCGCCGGUAUCCUUGUCUGGGUCGGCGUUGUCGAGAUGUGGGCCGAGGACUGGAUGCACGCCGACGCCGAGCUCCUCCGCACCGGGCCCGUCGUCACCUUCCUGGCUGGCCUUGGUCUCGUUUCCGGCAUGAUCAUCAUGAGCGUGCUCGGCAAGUGGGCUUAAUUGCAUGCAUACGAGGAAGAGAGAGAUGAAGUAGGAGAAGGGGGAGGAGGAGGAAGAGACUGAAGUUAGUAAUGAACAACGAUGCUAUGCCGCUUCUUUGUUGCGCGGCGCUUUUAUAAUGCGGAAAUGGGAAAAGUUUGGAAUGAUCGGGUCGGUCCUUGUCUAGAUAGAUAUUAUACCCUACAUGAGUGUAAUGAUACUUUGGCUUCUCAGCAUCGCCUCCUUGAGCAUGUCUGUGUGUCAGCCUCUGGUGUCGUAAGCCUGUGCUUGGCCGACAUGAGGACAUGGCGAGACCAAGAAGAACCGGAAGAUGAAGACGAAGAUAAUGCGUAGGCGAUGCAUUGUCCACUCGCCAUCUGUCGUCGAAGUUCAUUCAUUUUCCUGGACAGUCACUGCUCUUACGCUGAAGCUUAGAACAAAGCAGCCUAUGUUUUCGCCCAUCUUCGCAUUAUGUCAAUAUGCCUGUAGUUACACUACGCUCGCGCAGCAUCUGCGAAGCAGAUGAUAGGGCUCGUUCAACUCUAGAAGCUAUAUCAUUGCCACCUGCGUUGUUACUCCGUGUCCUGGUUUCGACGAAGCAUUAGCCGAGUGAGCCUAUCAUCACCCGUAUUCCAUUGCUGGCGGCUCUUGUUUGAUACAAAUCGUCGUUUGCCAUCGUUUGAGUUUCGUGGAGUCAUUAGGAGCAAACGAACGGGCUCCAUCCCCCCUACUCAUGACAUUCUUUCCUUCGGUACCUUUGAA